GCAAUGCGCCACUGCGAAUGUUUACAUUUUGGAGACCUGUUAUAUAAAUUUGUUGUUAUUUGUAUUUGUCUGUCAACCUGUCGUUAUGUUUCUUGUUGGCUUGACCGGUGGUAUUGGCAGUGGUAAAAGUACAGUUUCGGAUUAUUUUAAACAACUUGGUGUUCCCAUUAUUGAUGCUGAUAAGAUAGCAAGAGAAGUGGUGGAACCUGGAACCUUGGGAUGGAAAAAGCUAAGACAGCACUUUGGACAAGAUCUUUUUCAUGAAACAACCGGCGAGAUUGACAGACAGAAACUAGCAAAUAUAAUCUUUUAUGAUGAAGCAAAGCGGAGAUUACUCAACUCUAUCACACAUCCAGAAAUCACGAAAAGUAUAGGCUGGCAGGUUGUUAGUUAUUUUAUAAAAGGUUACCAGUUUGUGAUUUUAGAUGUCCCAUUGCUAUUUGAGAGCAAGACCAUGCUGAAGUACUUGAAAUACACUGUUGUGGUAGAUUGUGAUGAAGAGCAGCAGCUUCAGCGUGUAAUGCUGCGGAAUAGCUUCACCGAGGAACAUGCCAGAGCAAGAAUCGCCUCUCAGAUGCCACUUCGAGAAAAGUGUAUUCUAGCUGACUAUGUGAUAGCCAACAGUGAUAGCGGAAAAAAUACCGAAGUUCAGGUGAAACAGUUGUACCAGACACUGACAGACUCCAAGGCUCAGUGGAGGAUGAGAAUGUUUAUUGUACUUUUUGGUUUUGCAUUGAUUCUUAUAGGCUUCUGGUGGUCAGGUGUACUAUUGAUAACAAAAUAUAAGCAAACAGGUUUGGAAACAGCUAGUUUAUAAUGAAUCAUAUAUGAUGCAUAGAUUUGUGGUCAUACCUGACAAGGGAGGUGGUGGUAGACCUAAGAUAAUUUAAAUGUUCAGAUUUAAGUGAAGCCUAAUUUUCAAUGUAAAAUCACUGUAAAUUCUACUUCUUACAUGUGUUUUUGACACAUGUUGUUAUAUGUUGUUACACAUGUGUACAUAUUAUGUUGUAGAAGAAUAUUUGAGUUAACAAAUGCUAUGGAAUUCCUUGCUAUGUAAUUUGAGUGAGUUGCAUUGAAUUGUCUCAAAAUCAGGAGAUAUUUGUGUACAUGCCAGUAGAUAGGAUGUACUGCUUCAUAAAAAUAAGGUAUUCAUAGAAAUGUAUAUAUACCAUAUGUAUAUGGUAUGUAUAUGUAAAUGUAUAUGGUAAGUAAUAUUACCAUAGUGCUUAAAAUUUAAUGCUAGAUAAUUUUAUCAAACAGAUAACAGGGACGAUAUAGUGUUGAAUUUAAAGCAUAUGCUGGUAAGAAUAGAGAGAGCUUUAUCACACACUGUACGCACAAACAUACAUAGAAUAAUUAUGAUAAGUUGAUGGUCAAGUAAAUUUUUUUGCGUUACUGCUGGCAAUUUGCCAUUUUCCCUACAUUCAAUUGAAAUAAAUGCAAUUUUUCUCACAAAGAGCAUGAUGUAUAUAAAUAAAAAUAAAUGUAAUAUGUUUAAUGUUA